CUACAUUAAUCUGAAUGACGUAACUGGCUUUCAUAAGAAAGUUUAGCCCUAGCAUCUCUUCUUCGGUUUGAGAGGAACAUUCAAGAAAUCGUUUAAAAGACAGCUAAAUGGGUAUUCUAGGUGGAGGUGGAGGAACUUCGAACUUCGAGAGGCUACUCGAACUUGCUACCAGUCAACUGCAGUUGGAACCGAACUGGGCAAAUAUCUUGGAGCUGUGUGACUCAGUCCGGCAAAAAGAUGUCACGGCUAAAUAUGCUGUUGCUGCAAUCAGAAAAAGAUUUCAAGACAAGAAUCCACAUGUUGUCAAAUUUGCAUUGAUUACGCUUGAAGCUUGUAUGAAAAACUGUGGUGGGCCAGUGCAUGAUGAAGUUGCCACAAGAGAAGUUAUGGAUGAAUUGAGAAAUUUAGCAAAUACGGGAAGUGAUCCAGUGAAACAACAAACACUGAGCAUGGUUCAAACCUGGAAUCAAACUCUAGGAAAGAAGCCUAACUAUAGGGUCAUUCAGGAUGCAUACAAUGUGCUGAAAGCAGAGGGACACUCAUUUCCACAGCUUCAUGAAAGUGAAGCAAUGUAUUCGGCAGAAACGGCUCCCGAAUGGGCCGAAGGUGACAACUGCCAUCAAUGCCGAGUGAAAUUCACCACAUUUACACGGCAGCACCAUUGCCGAUGCUGUGGCCAAGUAUUUUGCGCAAAAUGCUCGUCGAAAAACUCGAUUAUUCCUAAAUUUGGCAUUGAGAGAGAAGUUCGAGUGUGCGAUGCUUGUUACGAUUCAAUCAAUGCAUCCGGCUCUGUUGCAAAGAAAAAAGGGAGUGGUAACAGCGAGACGCAGAGCUUGGACAGCGAUGACUUGCCAGUGGAGUAUUUGAAUUCAUCCUUAGCAAAAGAAGCUCAGACAAAGCCUCAGCCAUCAGAGGCUGAGCUAAAGGCCCAAGAAGAAGAGGAGCUCCAAUUAGCCAUGGCCUUAUCUCUAAGUGCUGCUGAAGUAGAAGGCAAGCAACCUAAGAAAGACUGGAUGAGUGGUACUUCGACUGAGUCACAGCCGCGCAGCUCAGAACCACCAAGCUCCUUGUAUUCCAAACCAAAGUCAAGUCUAUAUUCAGAUGUGAUCGCAGAUUCAAAAAAAGUUUCAAGGGAAUCUGAGUUGUCAAGAUAUCUGAAUCGACAAUAUUGGGAGAAAGUGAAAGACGAAGGGAAUACAAAGCCAUCAGCCCCGGAUGUUGAUGAAGAAGAUGUUUCAAGACGAACUGGCUAUAAGGAAGAGCCAGAGGAUUUGGAAGAGAAUUCGGAAGACCCUGACGCAUUUGUACAAACAAUGGGACAGAGUAUCGAGAUGUUCAUUACACGAAUGCAGAAUGUGACAUCAAAAGGAAAACACAUCGCUAUGGAUUCUACUGUCCAGUCUUUGUUCCAGUCACUUAGUGCCAUGCAUCCUCAAUUAAUGAAGCUCAUUGAAGACGAAGAAGACAACAAAGCAAAGUACCAAGCAAUGCUGGAAAAAGUCACUUUGAUUCGCGAGGCACGUGAAUCGCUAGACACAAUGCGCAAUCAGCAUCGAGAGAAAUUACAUCACCAGGAGCUGGAGCAGGAAAUGCUGCGUCGUAUGCAGAUGGAGCAGAAAUUAGAGUUGAUGCGGCAACAGAAGCAGGAGUAUCUUGAAUACCAGCGACAGCUGCAAAUCCAACGGCAGCAAGAACUUGAAGCCCAACAGCAGUUUAAGUUUCAGCAAAAACAGUUCCAGCUGCAGGGUCAGUACCAAGGCAGACCAUACCCAGCGCAGGGACAAUAUGCUGCAGGGCAAGAUACAUACCUUGGUAGCGCCGGAUAUCAACAAGUGCCUGCUUCUACUGUUCAAGCCGUUCCCACAAGCCAAGUGCAGUUCCCUGGCCAGUAUCCACAAGUGACAUCUUCCGGUGCUGCUCUUGGUCACUCAGGUGCAUCCCAACCUGCCCAUAACAUCCAACCUAGUUUGGCACAUUCUCAGAUGCAUCCACAUCAACUCGAUAACCAACAGUAUCGCCAGCCUCUACCCCAGGACCAAACACUGUCUGGGAGAGGAGGCGUACCUUCUAAUGCCCAGCAGCAGCAACAACAAAAGCAACAACAACCACCGCAACAGCCCUCCCAGUACCCUUCGCAAAUGCCAGAUUUGUUAGAUGCGCCCAUUGGAUCUGAAGUGGGAAUACAGGGAUCGGAUCCAAGAACGCAAAACUUCGCGGCGCAGCAGAAUCCUCAUUCAAUGAACUAUCAUCAACACCAACAACAAUAUGCUCCUGGGAUUGCUCCACAACAACAGCAACAGCAACCAUACUCCCAGUCCCCGCAGCAUCAGCAGUCACAGCAACAUCAGCAUCAGCAACAACAGCAACAGCAACAACAACAGCAGCAUCAGCAACAACAACAGCCGAAUCCUUUACAUCAACAACCGUUUGCACAAGCUCCUGCUCAACAGCAGCACCAUUCCAGUCCUCCACAGCCACAAAUCGGGCAGCCCCCGUUCCCGUCUUCUUCUUAUAACCCAGCGCCCGCUCAGCAGUCAAACGCUACGUCUUACCAGCAACACCCAACGGCAGCGAGUUAUCAGCAACCAUUUUACCAGGCGUCUGGUAACGUAGUUGCGACUGGGGCUCCGACUUCAUAUGGAAAUCUGGGGCCGCAGCAGAGUUAUCAGCCGCCUGCCAACGUAGGCCAAUCUCCAAGUAAUUUCAGCGGGACUCAAGAGCAACCUGUGUACCGUGACACCGGCAUGCCCAAUCAGUUUGCUCAGCCCAUUCCGAAACAAGGUCCAGCGUCUCUUCCCUAUAGUGGACAUCAGCAAAUAAGCGCCCAAGGUGCAGGUCCAGCCUCUCUACCAGCGAAUAUAAACCAGUAUUCCACAGGAGGGCAGGCUUACGUGCCACAAAAUAAUUACAUGCAACAACAGCAACAAGAGGUGCAAAUGACAGAAGGCAUGAAAGACCUUCAACUGAUUUCCUUUGAAUAAUAAUUUACAGUGCAAUCGCUAUAGAGAACAGCUCCUAUAUUCAAUGAAAUUAUAUACUUAUGUGAGAUCGCUUUGGAAGUUUCUUUAUGUUGAAUAGAAAAUUGUUAACUUUGAUGUUAAUGAUGAUCAAAAAUUGUUAA